AUCAAGACCCAGCCGGCCAAUCCACACACACACACACACACAUACACACACCUGACUACAAAAGGAAAGAGAGAGAUUGGCUCUGCGGCUGAGUGUGCGGAUCCUUGGCGGCACAGAACACAGCAGAAUUGAGACGGUGAAAGGCCGAGUUGGUGUGAAUAAGAGAGCAUUGUGGUGACUGGCUGUGUGUGCUGUGGAAACCUUGUGAGCUGGUGUGUGAGUGAGGUGGGGAGCAGCAGCAGCAGCAGCAGCAGCCAUGGGGUUCAGAACACAUGCACAGUUUGUGGCUCGGACAGUGCUGGUGAAGAACAACAAUGUGGAUGAAGGCAUGCGUGUCAUCAACAGGAUAAUGUCAAAAGAAGGUCUUUUUGAGCGGUACAGAUUAACAAGGUUCUAUGAGAAGCCAUAUCAGACUCGGCGGCGCAUCAAUUAUGAGAAGGCCAAAGCGAUAUACAAUGAAGACAUGAACCGCAAAAUUCAAUUUGUCAUGAGAAAGAACCGUCAUGAUCCGUGGGUAGGGUGUGCAUGAGGGCUCUCCACCGCUGCUGAGGCCACCUGCACUGUGGUUUGUCAUCUAGGUCUGCAUACAUUUAAGGACCAUAUUCUGAAACACUUAUGCGGUGCACCUCCACGACUUUCAAAAGGCUGUAGUUGAAAUGACACAAGUUUUUAAUAGUGUUUUUAUGGUUCUAGUGACAGAUUAACAUUUCUACAUUACAGCAAAGGUCCUGUCUUCUGGCAUCCAAUGUUUCAAUGCUUUUGCAAAAUACGCCAAGUAUCCGUUAUAUGCGAGGGUUACUUUCUGCAAAAAGCUUGCUGUCUUUGACAGGCAAAUGUUAUUUUCCAAUUCUUUUUAUUGCAAAACAAUAGAAAAUGUCCAUUAUUCCUGUCAAUCUUUUAGAGCUUUUGUGGCUUUUAGAAUGAAUUUUUGCCCCAAAAUAGCUAAAUUUCACCAUUUUCCAGAUGCUGUCACUGAGAAUUUCUUUGCUCCUUUCUUGAUGAAUUGACCACAAACGUAAAAGAAUGCAUCUGGAGAUUGCAGCCUCUUGAUGCCAUUUCACCUCUUGUAAUGUCUUCUCAGGCAGCCAAAGCAGAACCGAGGGAGAGGGGAAUGAGUCUGGCAGCGAAAAUGUGGCUGUCUGUAUACUGAUGCAGAAUGUGAUUAUCAAACACAAAUAGACGUGUAAAAUUCUGGAGUCUCAAAUGUUAAAUUAAAAUGUACAUGGUUUUUUUCUAGUAUAUCAUGUACUGUAUAUUCAUAUCUAUUUUGAAUCUUACUGAAGGGAAAUCAGGACAUGGAUAUUAUACUCAAAGUUAUAUGUAUCCCAUUCAGGGUAGAGCUUCUAUGAGUCUUGAUGGCCCAGAGCUGCUGAUUGCUUCUGGGGAGACACCCAAAGUCUAUGAUGUAAGCUGAUAAUUAGCUACCUGAGGAUUAACUUUAGGAUCAGAGGGAGGAAAAGGUUAAUUAUAGGUGAGGAAAGUGCAAGAAAACAUUUGCACCUGCCACCUUCUAGUGUGAGGUGGCCAUCAUAUCUCACCAACCAGUUGCACCAGUGCUGCUACUCGCAUGAUAGUGAAUUUUCUCACAAAACAAAUACUUGGCACAUUUAGGUUAGUUGCAUAUGAGCGAAUUUUUUAAUAUUUUGAACUUGCAUGUAUUGAAUACCCAGUGUAGUCCCAUUUCAAAAGUUUUCUGAUCUUUUGGCAUAUUUCCGAAAGUUAUUAAUACGACAAAUUUAAAAAUGGCACUGGAGCACUGUGAUCAUCUGCCAUCAUUUGUAGGCUCUCCUGCUAGCUACAGCACUCAUUUGUAUGAUGGUGUGAGUGGUGUAUGAGAAUAUUUGUGGUGUAAACUUGGAAUAUAUGAAUAAAGUACUAGACUGAGGAGGAGAGGAAAGGGAUAUUAGCAAUCCAAAGCACAACAGGCACAGAGUUAAAAAAAUAUAAGAACAAGUCUGUUGUGUUUACACUGCUAUGUUUGUUUUUCCACUGUCCAUGUGAAUGAAAAUCCACCAGUGGUUGAGGAGCAGACUGACCAGCAGAUUAAGUGUGAAAAAUCCUGCUGCUAUGGAGAUGUAAGAAGAGGAAAGUGAGGAGGAAGAAGAACCAGAGAAAGUUUCAUGUGAAGAAGCUUGAAAAAUCCCAGUUUAUUUAUCUAAUUUGUUAAGGCCAAACUGAUUUUUUUUUUUAGAAUAUGCCAUGAAAAGUUUUGUGAUCUCUAUAAAAAUAUGUCUUGGAUAUGUUAGUUGUGGUUUCUGCAAUUAAGUAAAUAAUUAGUAGCCUGUGUUCUUAUUUAUUCAUUGCUAAUAUUGCAAAUGAAAUUCACAUAUAAUCUUUUGGCAUAUUCAAUGUUGCAGCACCUGUUCAGUUUCGUAAAUGCCAAAAGACAGGACUUUUAUUGUAUUAACAGGAGAAGCACUCUUGAGAACCCAGUUCAUAAUCUCUGUGGUGUUUGAAAAUAGUCAUGGUGAGAGAGAGUAGAGCAGGCCUAAAAUGUAGGGAGAUAUGUUAUACCUAAGUAGAGAGUAGAGCAGGCCUAAAAUGUAGGGAGAUAUGUUAUACCUAAGUACUCAAGUAGACAUUUAAAAUUUAUGAAUUGUGCCAGUUGAGAAAGGAGAAAUAAAUAAAAUAUACUGCUUCAAUAAA